AUGCCUCGUAAGGCUGGGUUAAUCAAAACUUAUGGCCGUCAUAAGUUCAGAACGGUGAGAACAGCGCCUUGGAUGUCUCCGGAGGACGUUUUUCGUUCACCAGUUUCGAAGAAAGAAAAAAGCUUUGAAACCCCAACGACUAUUAAUAGAAAAACUGCUUUAACGACCUUUACAAAUCUUCCCAAAUCACACUGGAAUAUUCCAAAACACAAACUCCCCUCCAAUGAUGACAAAGAAAAUGCCCCAAUAAAUGAACAGAAUAAAGAAGGGAAGAUCAUUUCAAAUAUUUCAACAAAGAACAAUCAUUCCACACCAACUAUCCUGCAACAAAAGCAUGCCUCAGCAGGCUUCUUUUCAAGGCUAUCGACCUCCUCACCAGAGGAUUUGAGUGUAGAUGAAGAAUCCUACGUUAUUCUUCGGAAACAUUCAAGCAAUGCACUAGAAUCUUUCAUUCCAGAAACUCCUGAAUUGAUUACAGUCAAUCAAGAAAAUGGUACGAAUACUCCUUCUGAAGAAUGUUCCAGUUAUUUUUACCAAAAUUUCAAUUUGUCUGGAAAGAGCUUGCCCAAUUCAAGUAUGAAACUAAGCAAAAGCAGUAUUUUAAAGAAUGAAAGUAGUGUGUCUCCACUUUAUUCGUCCUUUCGGUCUGAUACGUGUUUAUCUUCUGCCAAAAAACCAUUACAAGCAUCGCAAGUAACAAAUAAUAGUUUUAGUAGUGAUCCAUCUUGUUCGACUAGUACCCCAAUAAUCAGAGCUAACUCGCAGAACUCUCAGCUAGUGACUCUAAGAGGCCAAAAUAAGCAACGAUAUUCUUCCAAUCCAAACAGGGAUUUUUCACUCUCAGACUGUCAGGUCUUUGUGCAGCCAAUGAAAAUCACUCCAGAUCAGUACCAAGCAGCUAGAUUAUCCCUUGAGCAUCAUGAUAAUACAUCAACAAGCAGUUAUUUUACUGUUUAUUCAACCAAGGGGUCUCCUGAAUCUGAUCUGUCGAAAAUCAGUGAUGCACCAAAUUUUGAAGCUGAAAUUCAAGAAACUAAAAAAAAUCCAAGAAUUUCUUCAAGUAGUGGAAGGACAGAUGUAAUGGUUAGAGAUUGUGUAGUUUCAUUAGAAAAAUUAAAACUUUCUCCUUUGAUUGGACAAGAGGGAAGAAAACGAUCAAGUGGGACUUUCAGUGUUAAUUCAUGCAACAGUAGCUAUGCUAGCGCUUCAUCAGAUGACCUGUCAAUGCCUUCAACUCCACCCAGAAAACAAGCUUCACACAUGAAAGCACUGACUCCUGCAAAAAUAAGUCCAUCUGCACGAGAACUGUCUGCCUACCAGAAACUCUUGCUGGAAUGUGAACAGGAUGCACCUAUGAAAUUUAGUGAAUAUCUUAAACCAAGUUUAAUGAAAAAAUGUGUCAAGAUUGGAGAAGGUGUCUAUGGUGAGGUGUUCAAGACAAUCAAUAAAUACAAACAGACUGUAGCUCUAAAGAUUAUCCCAAUAAAUGGUGACUUUGAGGUAAAUGGAGAGCCUCAAAAAUCUUCAGAAGAAAUCCUCCCUGAAAUAAUAAUAUCCAA